UUCAAAACUUUUUAUAAUGGUUAAACAUCACAAAGCUGAACUGAUUUCUACCUUUCUUCACCGUUUUCUCAUCCAAUCGGAUUCCGAUUUUUGUACUUCUUCUCCGCCUUUUCCUAACCGACCUCUUUUUUUAUCUGUGUUUUUAUCAAUCGCUUUAUUUCUACCUCUCAGUUAAACCUAAAAAGGGUCUCACCACCACCACUAACUCUGUCUCUUCUGUUACUCACCAUCACACAACCGCCACCAUAAUCCAACCGACCCUUGAAUCAAUGGUCGGAUACGUGUUCAUCCCACGGCCCCCUUUUCUACCAACAUCUCCUGUUAACAACUACUCGAUUUCUGUUCGUCUGUUUCCGCUUUUUUCCGCCGGCGACAUCCUAGAUGAAAGGUCUUCUCCAUUUUCAAUCGUCGGCAUCUGCUUUUGCUUGCUUAUGCUUCCAACCAUUACAAAAACACUUAUGGUAUGUAUAUUUAGGGUAUUUCUUGGGUUCGAUCUGUGAUCUAUCCAUAUCCUACACCCAAAAAAACCUAUUUUGUUUUGUUCCAAAUAGUUUAACCACACACUUUUGAUUGCUGAAAAUUUUACAAUUUGUAACUUCAUAUGUGCUGGCGGAUUAUAAGAAAGAAUGCAGCAAAAGUGAACAACAUGGAUCAUUUUGAUGACAUGCCUGAUCUGGAACAAGUGACUAUUGAAAAAGCUGACAUGAACAUACAUGGUUCUCUCUGAAAGAUACUAUUGGUAAGUUUUUUUUAUAAAAAUUAUAAAAUUUAAUAAUACAAAUAGAGAACAUUGUAUGCUAACAUGUUGUUAAUAUGAACAUCAUGUGGCUGCAUCACAAGGGAUGGGUCCAAAUUCACAAGACAAGGAUAAAAAUACUCCACAUCAUGUUGAUGUGCAAGAUGAGGACAGGUAUGACAUUCAUCAAAUCUUUUGAGUUAUUUUCUUAGCUACAACUUAUAUAUGAAAAUAUAGAAACAAAAGGUUGUCAUAUAUACGAGUUGUUCAUUUUCAAAAAGGGUUAAUGCCAUUUAUGCAAAAACUGUUACAAACAGCUUUACAGUUAGUUAGUUAGUUAUUUGUCAUAGGGGCAUUUUUUUGAAGAAGUUAGUUAGAAGAAUGUUAGCUCAACUGAAUGGAACUUGCUUUGUAUAUAUGUUCAAGUAAUCUGUUUCCUUUUCUAAAUCUUCUAAUUAAGUUAGAAAACAAAACAUAUUAUGUGGACAUAUAUACAAAGCAAGUUCCAUUCAGUUGAGCUAACAUUCUUCUAACUAACUUCUUCAUAGAGAUGACAAAAAUGCCCUUAUGACAAAUAACUAAAUAAUCAGCUAACUAACUAACUGUAAAUCUGUUUCUAGCAACUAUUAUCAUUUUAAUUCUUAGGAACUUAAGACUAAAUACUGAAAUCGAUUCUUUUCAAAUUGAACAAACUUGAAUCAAUUUGAUAUGAAUAAAUAUAUUUUUUCUGUUGUGUACUUCCUUGCAAUUACUUAAUUAUGCAUGCGGGUGGGUUACUACUCUCUGUGACAAUGGGGACAACACAAGUGUGAUCAAUGAACUAGAAUCCCAUAACUCCACAAAUGAUAAGGCUGAUGAGGGAGACACAAAAGCGUACGAAAAUAAUGGGAAGUGUUCAAAUUCAUUAUGCUAAAUGGAUUACAAAUACGGUUAAUUUGUGUUUGAUGUAUUAGGUUGGAUAGCUAUCUAUCAUUCGAAUUAAUAGUUGAAGCAAAGCAAGAAAGUGUACUUCAUAAAGAACAUUUUUAGAGAGUCCUUCCAAAUAUAAAUAUCUUUUAUUUUAUUUAUGGAUUUUCCAAGGAAAUACAGUCUACCACACAAUCUGGUAGUUUUCUUAAUCAGAUAGACUUUCUUUAUUACCUUAUUUAUUUUCAUGUUUUAUGUCGUUGUAUAAUUGCGUAUGCUGACUUUUUAGUUGACACUUUUGUUUUGCUGCUUGCAGGUUUACAUAUUCUUGAUCUUUAUGAAUGUGAAUCAUAUGGGGCUCAACUACUAUGAUGUAAAAUGGAUUAAUAUGAACUUUUUGUAAGCCACUUGAGCGGAAUACAAAAUGGGUAUUGUAAGUUUUUAAAUUUUAUGUUAUAUAUUGUUGGCAGGAACAAGUAAGAGAUUAACAAUAUAAGGCAAAAGAAGAAGUUGAAGAUUCAGCUCUGGAAAUGGUUGAGUUAAGAUACAAAUUAAUUGGAUUGCUUGAAGAAGAAUAUAAAAGACGCAAGUGUUUACAACAAAAAGCUAUACAAAGAAUAACCGAGUUAUAGGCUCAAGGAUUAGAAAUACAAGUACAAUUUCUAAUAAUUUAUCUUUCUAUUGCAAUCAAAAUUGAAAAUGAAAAAAGGAAACCUUUUGUUAAUUUCCGUGCUCUUCUAAAUGCUUAAAAGUUGAUUUCUAAGACUAAAGUUCUCAAAUCUUUAUGAAUUCUUGGACUUCAUUGUACUUAUUUUAAAAAAUGAAAAAGGUC